AUGGAUUCCACACUAUUUGUCGAUGUAUUGGCUGGUGUUACUGGAGGAUUUGCGUCAGCGCUCGUGGGCCAACCGCUGGACACGGUCAAGGGAAGAAUGCAACUGUUUCCCCAUAUGUACGGCGGCAUGGUCUCGUGCUUAUCUAAUAUUGUCCGUCAGCAAGGAUUCCGUGGUCUGUACGCGGGUAUAAUACCAGCACUCGCCUCACAUGGUGCCGAUGAAGCUGUCAUGUUUGGAACUUACGGCCAGUGCCAGAAAAUAGUGGCCAAAUCAGUCGGGAUUGACAAUACGAUUGAUUUGAAUUACCUUGAAAACGCAGCAGCUGGAAGCAUUGCGUCAGUAAGUAAAAUUAUAUUAAAAUAA